AUGGGCUCCAACAAGGAAAUGCCCGCCUUCCCCUUCCACCGCGCCUCGGGGCUGGAACCCCCCGCCGAGUUCGCCCGUCUGCGUGCCGCCGACCCCGUCUCACAGGUCCGCCUGUAUGAUGGUACCGCGGCGUGGCUGGUGACUAAGUAUCGGGAUGUUUGUCGGGUGGCGACGGAUCAGCGGUUGUCGAAGGAGCGCCAACGCCCUGGGUUCCCCGAGUUCAGUGACGGCGGCAAGAAGGCUGGCAAGCAGCGGCCGACGUUUGUGGAUAUGGACCCGCCCGAGCAUAUGAGGCAUCGGGGCAUGGUCGAGUCGUGGUUCACCCCGGAGAAGGUCAAGUCGAUGCAGCCGUACAUUGACAAGACGGUGAAUGAUUUGUUGGAUCGCAUGGUCGCUAAGGGAUGUGCCAACGGACCCGUUGAUUUGGUGGAGGAGUUCGCGCUGCCAGUUCCGUCAUAUAUCAUCUACACCCUCCUUGGCGUGCCCUUUGAGGACCUCGAAUUUCUGACGCAGCAGAACUCGAUUCGCGCCAACGGCAGCGCGACCGCGCGUGACGCAUCCGCAGCGGCCGAUGAACUGAUCCGCUACCUCACUACGCUGGCAGAGAAGCGCAUGGAGGAGCCCAAGGACGAUAUUGUGAGCCAGCUGGUGACGAACUACGUCAAGACCGGGAAGCUCGAAAAGGCCGACGCGGUGCAGAUGGCCUUCCUCCUCCUGGUGGCUGGCAACGCGACCAUGGUCAACAUGAUUUCCCUCGGCGUUGUGACCUUGUUUCAGCAUCCUGAUCAGCUGGCCGAGCUCAAGGCCGACCCGGCCAAGUGGGUCGACCCCUUCGUGGAGGAGCUGUGCCGCUACCACACGGCCUCGGCAAUGGCCAUGAAGCGCACGGCUAAGGAGGAUGUCGAGAUUGGCGGAAAGCUCAUCAAGGCAGGCCAGGGCAUCAUCGCGUCGAACCAAUCGGCCAACCGUGACGAGGACAUUUUCGAGAACCCCGAUACGUUCAACAUGCACCGCAAGUGGCCCAAGGAGGACCCGUUGGGCUUCGGAUUUGGCGAUCAUCGUUGCAUCGCCGAGCACUUGUCCAAAGCUGAGCUCAGGAGCGCCUUUACGUACCUGUUCAAGAAAGCCCCUGGCUUGAAGCUUGCCACAUCGAUCCCAGAAAUUGAAUACACGCCUUUACAGCGCGAUGUAGGCAUCGUCAAACUUCCAGUGACUUGGUAA